AUGACUGGAUUUCAAACUAUUCCACUCGGACCCCUGGACCACAUUGCGUCGAGCAAUAUUCCUCAAAGCGUCAUUUACCUGAGCCUAAAAGAGGACACUCAGCCCAAAAAUGCCUUCGAUUGUCUCCGCGAAGGAUUGAAAAAGACUCUUUCACAAACACCUUGGCUGGCCGGACGGGUGCAUUAUCAGCCCGAGAGCACACCAGGAUGGCGGCCCGGUCAACUUGAGAUUCGCUACCCUUGCAACAACAUCUUCUCAUUUGACAAACUAUCAGAUGGCAUUCUUCGAUUUUAUCAGCUCGACAAUUGCUUGACAUUCUCUGAUCUUCGCGAGACUGGCUUUCCGUUGGAUUCCUUUGAGGAUGAAGCUUUGCUGUGGGAAUCGCCAUUCAAACCUGACUUCGAGGCAGGAGCCCCUGUGCUUGCAGCGCAAGCUAACUUUAUUCCUGGUGGAUGUAUACUGGUUCUAUCCGUUGCAGCGCCGGUCUCGGAUGGAACUGCUAUGCUUGCAGUCACUAAGAUUUGGGCGGAUUACUGCAGCAAUGCUUUUUCUCAAGCCAACUCAACCGUACCAGGACUCCGAUCUACGAUGGACCGGUCGUUGUUGGACAGCUUUCUCGAGGAAAAGCGCAAACCUCGCUCCGACCGUAAUUCGAUAGAAAAUGCCGCUGAGAUGUCGCGUCUUGUCGGUUUUGACGAUGUGCCAACGACUACACCGAUCGAUGAUGAUUCAUUACGCAUGGCGCCAGAAAUAUUCUACAUGCCCCAGUCAGCAUAUACCAGUCUUCGGAAGCAAUGCACGCAAGAGUUUGGUGCGGAGGAAAUCUCGGGGAACGAUCUCAUAUGCGCGUUGAUUUUCCGAAGUCUGGUGAGAGCUUCAACGAGUUUGGGCAUCCCAGCUUUCAUUGGCAGCGACCCAAAUGUUGCAUCAUUGUCGUUACCUUUUGAUGGACGACCCAAGUUGUUGAAUUCAAUGGACGUUCUAUAUCUUGGGAACAUGAAUUACGAGAACCGAAUCACGGUUUCUGUUGAAACACUCAUUUCGCCCGACACGAGUGUCUCAUGGGUAGCCAAUGCAAUCCAUGUACACGCCGAGCAGUUUGCACAUCCAGAUAUGCUUUUGGCUGCAUAUGGUUUGGCCCGGUCUGCUACACGAUACGAUGGUCAACAAGCACUACGCGCAGCGCGGAUGCACCCGCCAACUUCUGUUGGUGUGAUGGCGCCCAUGACACUUCCCUUCAACGAUACAUGCUUCGGGAAACAUGUCUUUGGAAAUAAUGGGAACCCGGAAGCAUUCAGACCUCUAAUGGGCUCUUGUAAUCGCGGCUACCGGACUUGCUUUGUUAUCCCUCGAAAGAAGGCGGGCGGCAUUGAGUUUGUUAUGACUCUUUCAGAGGAAGAGCUUGACUUCUUGGCUUCGGAUGAUGAGUUCAGUCAAUACGCCUUCUCCAUUUCUUGA